AGGCAUGAUAAUGAAAUUGCCACACAGGUAGACUUUAAAUAUCUUCCUGUUUGUGAAUUAGCUUCUAAAUGAAGCGAAUUUUAUAUUUGUCCUAUUUGGUAUUUAUUUGUUUGAAAGGGGUAGAAAGCUUAACAAAUCUUCAGAUAUAUACUGUUGGACAAGCUGUUCUUGGACCCAGUCAUCUGGAAUUAAGAUGUUCAUACAACCUAGAGUCCCGGGAUGAUAUAUUUUCUAUCGACAUAUCCGCUGAAUUGAACAGUCAGUUUAGAACAAUAGUCGCAUUUUAUCCAGAAAAUAGAAGAAAAGAUGGCACACUUCGAUAUGACGGGAAUUACCUAAAUGGAAGAGUUACAAUGAAUAAUCCCAAGCAAUCUUCUAAUGUCGCUGUACUGAUAUUCAAUCAAACUGAAUGUAUAGAUGAGACCAAGUACAAAUGUAGAGUUACUUAUGACAGUGACAUGGGUACACAGACCAAAGAAUCAGCCCCAACAGCCAUUGUAGUAGAAGGUAGUCCAGCAGAACCAGAUAGUGUACCAAGCUAUAUACCCUCAGUGGUAGAAGAAGGUAAUACAGUUGUCUUCACCUGUACUGGAAAUGUAGGGAAACCGCAGGGUAAAUUUAGAUGGAUUCUAUAUAGACGUAACGCCAAUGGUAUGAUAAUACAAGAAUCGCUGUAUGAAAACAAAACUUCAACAGGACUUCAAAUGCCAGGAACCUGCACAUUUAAUGGUACCAGUCAACUCACACUUCAGAUGGAAAGUCUGGACAACAACGCAGUAGUGAGGUGUCAAGUGGUUUAUCAAGCUGUGCCACAGGGACAUUUAUAUAAACAAACAACUAACAUAAAUGUUUAUUACAGCGUGAGGAAUGUUACAGCAGCAAAGUCAAAAUUAAACGACACUUACGACCCAGGAAGCAUCACGUUGACCUGUACAUCAGAUGGUAACCCAGCUGUUAGAAAUGAAGACUAUAGAUGGUACAAAAUGUCCCAGCAAUACACAGUCAUAGGAACUGGAUCCCAGCUAACCGUUACAAAUGCUACUGUUGGGGAAUCAGACGUCUAUCUUUGUGUGGCACAAAACAGUUUCAAUGGGAAAACAUUUAGCUCAAAUAGCUCAAUAGAGGUUAAAAUAGGUAAGAUUCUACAAUCAUAAACAACCACAAAUGAGGCACUUUAAAAAUCAGCAUAUACUAACACAUUUUGGAAUACAAAGCUGCAGUUAUCUUUGUUUUGAUAUCUAGUCACCAAGCGAAUGUUUAUGUUUUCAGAAAGUAUAACAGUAAAGAUGGUAAUUAAAGAGUGUGGCAAUGGCAGUAAUAUGCAAUGAACACAACUUUCAAAUUCAAUAAUAAUUUACUGUCACUCCUACUAAAGAAUAUAAAAAUAUGAAGGUGUGGAAAGAUUGCCAAUGAGACAACAGUUACUAUCAACCAGAGACCAAAUGACGUUCAUAUAAGCAAUUAUAGGACACCAUAAGGCCUUCAACAAUGAUCAAAUCCCAAUACAGUAAAAUAACCUAUAAAAGGUCGGGGUUUAUAGCUUUUUAUGCGGUACGGGUUUAUCUCAUUGUUGAAGGCCGGACGGGGACCUAUAGUUGUUAAUUUCUAUGUCAUUUGGUCUCUGGUUUCAAAUAAACGAAAAAUCAAAUAUGAUAAACAACGAUAAACACUGAAAUUCAGACUCCAACUCCUGAUACUCACUAUAAAAAAAAAACACAUAAAAUUACAAAUAUACUUAGAUAAUAGACUACUAGAUCUUUCAAAAUUUAGAUAUCUAUGAACUGUUCUGCAUGUUAUGUAAGACAACAUGUCAACUCGUUUGACAGGAUUCAAUCAUACGAUGAGCAUCUUCUUAAAAUGUUUAAACCAAUUGGAUGAAUGUACUUAUCGCAUAUAUAUACUAAUUUGUAACUUGUAUUGUAACAUACUAUUUUAUUGCAAGUUAGUAUUAUCAGGGUAUUAUCGGUGAUAAUAGACAGAACACAUUGACAAAUUCAAAAUGAAAACUUAUCAGUAAAAAUAUAAAUACUUAGUGAAUCGUUACUUUUCAUUUAUUCGUUCGUUGAAUUCAUUCAUUCAUUAAUUUAUCCAUUCAUUCAUUUAUUCAUUAAUUCAUUCAUAUGUUAUGUGCAUUUGUGAUAUCGGCUGACUUUGUUCAAUUGGUUUAUACCAAACUAAAACUGUAGAACGUAAUUGUAUUAUAAUUACGGUUAUUUGUGUCAAAAUGAGAAGUUCCAAAUGUAAAUUCUUUUGGGCGCUGUAUUUAAAAUGUUUAACAAUGAAAUUGUAUAGAAUGUGUAAAACGGUUACAUCAAACACAACGCGAACAUGAUUUUAAGAAAAAAACAGACUGGCAGUAACUAACUAAACAAAGGAUACAGAUUUUAUGUAGAUAUUUUACUGGUAAGUAUCAUAUAUCAUAGAUAUAAAAUGGAUUUCUUAACAAGCAUCACAACGAGCAUUAUAUAUAUUUAUCCGAAUAUAAAAGUAAGAAGAUGUGGUAAGGUUGCCAGUGCGAGAACUAUCCAAAAGAGACCAAAUGACGUAGAUUUAGACAACUAUAGGUCACGGUUACGACCUCAUGAGCAAAAGCCAUACCAUAUAGUCUGCUAUAAAAGGCCACGUGACAUGACGAUAUGUAAAACAAUUCAAACGAAAACCCAAACGGCCUGAUUUAUAUACAAAACAACAAACGAUACACAAAUAUAUAUGAUAUACAACAACCACUGAAUUACAGGCUCCUGACAGAUACAUACAGAACGAGGCGGGGUGAAUGCGGGCGUAUAUAUGUAUAUUAAAGACAAUUGUAAAAUAGAUCUGUAUUUUGUCAUCCAUUUUAUGUUCUUAAUCAAUUAUAAGAUUUACAAAUGCUGCAUUAAUUAGGCCGGAUCAUUUCGAAAAAAGAUAGUAAUGGCAUGAUUAUAUAUACUGAUAAUUGGGACACAAAUAUUAGGCGUAUUAUUUCUAAAACAUUAGUAUGAUAUUCUAUCAAUAAGUUUUUUUAAGCAAGGAAAAAACAAAAAAAAUAUUUUAAUUACAUUUAUAUAGCUUGCGUGUACCAAUUUGCAUAUCCGUUUAUUAUCAUCCUUUUUAUAAUGAAGACAUUUACAAUAUCCUGGCCUUUAUAUAAAAAAAAACAUUGCUGCCAUUGCUAAGUUUAAAAUCCGCCGAAUGUCAGUAAGUUAUUUAAUCAUUCUUUUUUGCAGUUACUUAACAUACAUAAAUAGUAGAAGUCUGAUCAAAUAUUAAAAAUCACUCUCUAAUGGUCUAUAUAAAAUUGAGAAUGGAAAUGGGGAAUGUGUCAAAGAGACAACAACCCGACCAUAGAGCA